GUUUCCAUGCAAUCGUCGGCCAUUGUAAAUAGCAGAAUUAGUGCCCAGAUCCUGGCAUGCCGACGGCCUGACAGUCACGCACGCCGCGCCAAAGAAAGUGUCACGACCCAAAAACAUCGCACCACUCGUUGUUUUACCGACAGUAAUUCCGAUGAAACCAAUGAACGCAUUAUGUGGAACAAUUUCGAAAAUUCCGAAUUAUAAUGCCUAAAUUGAGGAAAGUUGUAGAAUGGUUAAAGAAACAACAAAAAAACGGUGUUAAAGUCGUAAAAGUGCUCGGUACCAGAGAGUUUAUGAGAGAUUUAAUGUAAAAACAACAAACAAUGCUAACUUGUGAAAUAAAGAAAUAAUUGUAAAAUCUUCCAAUCACGUAACGUACAUUAUAUUAUGAUGUAUGUAUUAUGUUUUGUUAUUAACAUCAAAUCAUGAGAUGUGAGAAGCGGAAAACACAAUUCCAUGGCAUUUAUGUGAUAUCAGAUAAGAAGCAAUAGAAAUCGCAAGUGAGUCCUAUUAACCGCGAUAUGGUCUAGAAUAUUUACAAAAAGAAAAAACAAAUGACUGAUUUACAUACAACCGAUAACUUUUUACAUCUUUCAAUCUUCACAGUAAUUUGCAUGAACCGAAGUGACAAUUUCCCUUCCCUUCCCUCCUAAUAAUAGAAGGAACAAUCAUAAAGUCUAUAAUCAAAAAGGCUGCAUUCACACUUAGAUAACGCAAUGACGUCACAACUCCUGUCUCCCACCAUUUCUCUGGCGCGGCCAUAGCGCGGGAGUUGACAUACAACUGUCGAAGAAAGUACCCGUCAGUUAAGAGGCAGUACACGAAAAGACUUAGAAGUUUCGAAAAGAAACAACAACAAGUGUUUUUAACAAAAUAUCGAGUUUAAAGUGAUGUGUCGUUACGAUAUCGAACUCGAGGGAAAGUGUUUAGGAGCGAGGCACAGUUACUCGUUCUAGUAAAUAGUGCAGUCAAAUAUUUCGGUGCAAAAGAAAAGCUUUCUGUGUAUUAUGUUUUGUUGUGAAAGUGUAAUUGACUGAACGAUUGAACAUGAGUUCUAUAGUAACAGCGGCUGCCGACGUGCUGUCUGGCACGGCCAUCGCUGCGGCGGCUGGCUCGCAGGUGGCCCUAUUCAUCCCGAUGCUGGUGGCUGCUAUAGCAUACUACAGGUUCGACUCUAAGGACCCGGAGGGCAGGCCAGCGGACGUUGGGGACGCGCUCCUGCCUGAAUACGACUUCAUCGUCGUCGGCGCCGGCUCCGCUGGUGCAGUGGUAGCAAAUCGUCUAUCAGAGGUUAACCAUUGGAAGGUGUUAUUACUGGAGGCUGGAGGUGACGAGACGGAGCUCACGGAGGUGCCUAUUCUGGCGGGCUACCUGCAGCAGAGCCAGUUCGACUGGCAGUACAAGACUGAACCUUCAGGAACCAGCUGCUUAGCAAUGGAAGGAGGAAGAUGCAACUGGCCACGCGGUAAAGUUCUCGGUGGGAGUUCAGUUCUCAACUAUAUGCUGUACUUAAGAGGCAAUAGGAGGGACUACGACGCGUGGGAGGCACUCGGCAACAAGGGCUGGGGCUACAAAGACGUGCUCUACUACUUCAAGAAGUCCGAAGACAAUCAAAACCCGUACUUGGCCCAAACACCAUAUCACAGUACUGGAGGGUAUUUGACCGUGUCUGAAGCGCCCUACCAAACGCCACUCGUCUCUACCUUCAUAGACGGGGGCUUCGAGUUAGGCUACAUGAACAGGGACAUCAAUGGGGAGAAUCAAACAGGUUUCAUGGUAGCCCAGGGCACGGUACGACGCGGCAGCCGCUGUUCCACUGCCAAAGCAUUUCUGAGACCAGCGAAAGACCGACCCAACCUACACAUAUCAAUGCAUUCGCAUGUCACAAAAGUCAUGAUCGACCCAAGAACCAAAAUAGCUUUUGGUGUCGAAUUUGUGCGUAAGAAGAUGGUGUAUCGCAUCAGAGCUCGUAAAGAAGUCAUCUUAUCAGCAGGUACAAUAAACUCUGCUCAGCUACUGAUGCUGUCUGGUAUUGGUCCUGCAGAAGAAUUGAACAAACAUAAAAUACCAUUGAUUAAUAACUUAAAAGUUGGUAGGAACCUGCAGGAUCACAUUGGAUUAGGCGGCUUAGCCUUCAUGGUUAACCAACCGAUUUCUAUUGUAGAGCAUCGACUUUACUCAGUAGGUCCGCUGAUGCAGUACGCCAUGUUAGGUGAGGGUCCGCUGACCAUCAUGGGAGGUGUCGAAGGUCUGGCUUUUGUUAACACUAAAUAUGUAAACGCAACCGACGAUUUCCCGGAUAUCGAGUUCCAUUUUAUAUCUGGCUCAACGAAUUCCGACGGAGGAGAACAACUACGUAAAAUACACGGUCUUAUGGAUACCUUCUACGAUGCAGUGUUCAGACCUAUAAAUAAUAUGGAUGUGUGGAGUAUUAUCCCUAUGUUGCUCCGUCCAAGAAGUAAAGGCUUCAUACAGCUCCGCAGCGCUAACCCCUACGACUAUCCAUAUAUCUACCCAAACUAUUUAUCAGACGAGCUGGAUGUUAAAACUUUGGUCGAAGGCGUCAAAAUUGUGGUAGCUCUUUCAAGAACAAGAGCGUUUCAAAAAGUUGGUUCAAUGUUAAAUAAACACGUGUUCCCAGCUUGCGUGAGCAUAUUGAGGUAUUCGGAUGCUUACUGGGAGUGUAUGAUACGUCAGUACACGACUACCAUAUACCAUCCUGUGGGCACUGCGAAAAUGGGUCCUUACUGGGACCCUGAAGCGGUGGUAGACCACCAGUUGAGAGUGUACGGUGUCAAAGGCCUGAGGGUCAUCGAUGGCAGCAUCAUGCCUAAUAUAGUGAGCGGGAACACGAAUGCCCCCAUCAUAAUGAUUGGGGAGAAAGGCAGUGACAUGAUCAAAGAGUUCUGGUUGAGACGACGCAGCUCUAGGUACUAUAUUUAAGUUUCAAUGUACAAACAAGUGUUUAUCAGUAUUAUGGAUGUGUGAAUGUGGUUGUAAAUAUUCUUCUCAAGGCCGUGUAGGAAAAUGAUUAUUUUUACCAGAAUCCGGCGGGCUUUUGUAAAUUAUUAACUCAUUCAAAUAAAUUAUUAUUUAUUGUG